AUCGAUUUUUUCUUUAUUUUAUUUCCCUGUUUGGAUUUUUUUAAGUAACAACUUGAUUUCUAAAAAAACGUGAUUAAAAUAGACUAUUGAGGAAAUGUCACAAUCGACACUUCCAAAUAUCAAGUUAAGCUUGCCACACAGUCGAUUUAAAAAUUCUUUAACUCAGCUAAGUGAUUUUUUUAGUGAAUUUGGCCCACUUUCACCAGCUGUUAAUCAUGAUAGGCCUGAGAGAUCACUUCAUAUGCGUCUUUACACGCUGGAUAAAAGGAAUUUUGUUUUGGUCAUUAUGGCGUUUUUUGCGUGUUUCAGCCUUGGAAUAUUCAUUGGAUUAGCAGGCCCAGACAUAACACUAAUCAAGGAGAUAAAUGCAAUGUCUUUAGUAAACAGUUCGCAAGAUGAUUUUCUCGCAAAUGGACCUUUUGUCAUUCAAACCCAACUACUUGGGACGUAUUCACGACAAUUAUGGUUGUUCGCGAAAUAUAAAAUAGAAAGCACAGAUAAUGAAAUUUUUGAUACAUCGUUCAAUGUAAAUGUGAUAAUAAAAGGACUGGAAGAUGAGACACUCGUGGAGCUUGAUGAAUAUUCUACAAUUAAUCGUACGAGACAUUUGAAGUGCAAAGGAAAUCAUUGUGAAGAGUUUACCAUCGUUCAUUUAGCAUGGUUGGAAUAUUCACAUUAUCAAUUUAAUGUUCACUUUUAUGGAUUAACUCAUAAAAGAUAUAAUAUCAACAAAUUAACAUUUUACAUAAAAACGUUCAACCCCGCUUAUACAUCUUUAGAAAUAAGUUUUCGUCUUAUAUUCUUAUUCUUCGCAUUUAUUACACUUUGCUGGUUCUACCACACGCUGAAGAAGCAUCCAAUAACUAUAUGGUCGAUUGAACAAAAAUUCACAUUCAUCCUUCUUCCCAUGUUGAUUUUAUUUAACAAUCCGUUAUUUCCACUGAUGUUUCUGUGUAACUCGAUGAUUGUUGGAAUGAUCGAUGCUUUAUUUCAAACAACAUUUCUAUGUGCACUGCUGCUUUUUUGGGUAACAGUUUAUCAUGCUCUACGACAAAAUCUGAGAUCGUUUUUCAGUUUUUAUCUUCCUAAAAUUCUCAUUUUGUCACCGAUUUGGCUUUGUGCUUUAACACUUGCUACUUGGGAGAAAUGUUCAGAACUGAGAGAUCCAACAUGGAUACAUUUUGUUGAUGGAAAUUAUGGUGGAUUUAAAACAUUCUUCUAUAUAUCAGUAGCUAUGUACAUCAUCUACUUGCUGUUCUUAAUAUUCAGUGCUUAUAGUGAUUUACGAACAAUGCAGUACUUUGACAUGCGACUUAAAUUUUUGUCACUUCUCAUGAUAUUUGUUAUGGUUGUGACUGUUUGGACAACAAUCUCAAGAUUCGGUGGGAUUGGAAUCGUUGAAGACAACUUUGUCGGACAAUUGUCAACCACCUACAAAAGUUCAGCACAUUUUAUGUGCUUCUAUGGAAUGAUCAACUUUUACAUCAUAACAAUGAGUUAUGUUUAUAGCCCGGUGUCAACAUUAAACGAACCUGUAAGAAAAGAUAAUCCGGCAUUCUCAAUGAUUAAUGAUUCUGACGAAGAGGAAUUAUCGCCAACAACAUUGAACAAACAAUUAACAGAUUCUGCUCCGGCAGUAUUGGAUACCGAGUCGAUUCAUGUGACGAUUGAAAGUACACCAAAAACAAAAGAUGUUGGUAGUCAAAAUGGUAACAAUAAAAUUUCUAAACCUCCUGAAAAUAUUUCACCAGUUAUGCGAACAGUUGAAUUAGGAACAGAAAGAAUUCAAGAAGGUUUUGUUAAUGGAGAAAUUAUUGUUACGCUUCUUCCUGUUAAUGAAAGUUUUGCAUGGAUAACUCCUGCUGUAUUCCGUCCUGAAUUGGUACCUGAAGAGUUAAUGGCUGAAGGUUUGACUCUAACUGUCGAGGAAUAUGUUCAUGCAAUGGAAACUUUAGUUAACGAUUACAGAUUUACUGCUUAUAAUAUUUGUUAUAAGCGUGUAUUAAUGCUUUGGAUAAUUCUUGCAUUUUGCGUUCUUCUUGGACUUCUUUUCUCUGGUAUCACUGGAAUUCUUCUUUUCUCGUUGGGCGUUGCUUGGCUAUUUCUAAAUGCAACAGCAAUAUUCAUUUGCAUGUGGAUUAAGUUAAAAUUGGCACGGGGUUUGGAAAAGUGUCUCGCCCGAGUUAAUAGCCAAUUAAUGAAGCACAAAAUAGUUAUUGCCUUAGACGACAGGGGAAAUAUUUCGUGUCACAAAAUAAACCUUUGUUUCAUUUAUUUCGAUCCAACACAAUGCAUUAAUUACAUAAACAGUUUCAUUGAGAGAAAUGAACAGAAUGGAGCGCCAGUGAACCCUGGUUGGGAAUCUCGUUUAGAUAUUGAAGCAAAUGACAUUGUUAUUCAGGGAAGCAGCAGCAGAAGAGUACCAAGAAAACAGGAACUGGCGGAAAAGGUUUGCUUACGAUACUUGCAACGAUGGGGAAAAGAUCUUUUAAGGCAUCGUUUAGAUUGGCAAAUGACUGAAGACGGUGUUUCUUCUCAACCUCGACAUCUUCGCGUUUCUUACUGCUUGUGUCAAUAUGUAGAAGAAAUUCUGGUCUCAAAAAUCCCAAAAAUUUCAAGCAACAAUUCGUCAAGUUGUUGCUGUUGUACUUCAAAUCGUGGGGAACAAAUGGUUUUGCGUUACAUUUCGCGUUGGGGUCAUGAGAUGCUGAGAAAUUGGCUUAAAGUUACUAAUGAAGAACCAGGUCGACAUAUGGUGAAGAAUUUGUGUCCUUGUCAAUUUAUUGUUAGCCAUUUGGAAUACAAACCUAAAGGUGCUGGUUACUGUUUUUGUUAUCCAUCGUACACUGAAGAAAACAAUUUUUUGUAUCCGUGUUAAUCCAUGUCAGUAAUAAAAACAAUCUUUUUUGUUUUGCAUUCUUAUUUG